GCACACGGACGUCCUUGUUUCGCGGACCGCACGGUCCUGUGCAUGAGGCCUUAUACUGUGCAGGAUGAGGUGGAAGACGUUGGUCAGACACUCCUAGCUGGAACGUAGAACACAUCUCAUGACACCAUAUGACUGCACACAGCAGCGGCAGCGGCACACUGUGUCAUCUCCUCAGCGGUUUAUCCUCAGAUCACUUUUUAUUUUCUCAGACGACGAUAAUAUUUUCUGUUUUGUCACUUGGUGACUGCUGAUGGAAAGUUCUCGGGAGCUCAAAGUCACCCUUGUGUACAACCCUGUGAAGGAGCCCCAGUACUUCUCACAGCUGAGGGUUUGUUACAAUUGCAUCCAAUUCUAACACUUCAGCAGCACAGGCUUCUGGCCUGCCCUGAAAGUGACAAUGUAUCAGUCUGGAGUCUAUAUUGAUUUGUCUAGAUUGGAUUCAAUUGUAGCAAAGCCUCAGCUAUGAAAAGCUACAUCCACACACAUAUAUAAAAAAAAUCCUUGGGUGCUCAGGACCCGGUCACGUGCCUUUAAGUCAUCCUGGGACUUAUGGUUCCACCGCUGACGACCUAUAUUUUUCCCUAGUUCUGCACUCUUGACAUGAGCUGAAUACAGGAUGUAAAGCCACGGGUGUGACUGUGUUGUUUCACAUUCCCUCCUUUAUUUGGGAGGUCCAGAUUCGCAGGCCCUGUCACCCCUCCAGGGGCGGUACCUUACACGGCCACUUACCAACUGCGUGCGUCACUGGGACAAUUGCUAUAGGUAACAAGUCCCUUAUCAAUGCACCUCUAAAGAGAGGGAGUGAACAAGGAAAAUAACCUGCACUAGGUCAGACUUCCAGACAGACAGGUUGGGCGAGAUUCCGUCAGCUGCGCUGGGCCAGAUUAGACAGCCUGAAAAACUGUCCGUAAGCUAACAGGCAUUCAUAAGGAGAGAGACACUCUGCCAAAGCAGGAGCCCCGCGAGAAAAGAGCGGCCAAAAAUACUGCAAAAAAUAAUGUAACCUCCAUUCCCAGUGAUACCAGAAGAUCUCUAAUGACUGCAUCUUACAAUGGAGGAUGAACCCCAAACUGCCACCCUUGAGGGUGAUGAAGUCUCAGAGUGUGUGAUCUGCUUCACGUCAUAUGACACUCUCUUUCAUCUGCCCAAGGUCCUCUCCUGCGGCCAUGUCUUCUGCUUGGAAUGUCUGUCUAGAAUCACAGUGGGAUCGACAGAGCCACAAUCUCUUCCUUGCCCAAUAUGUCGGGUUCCAACCUCAGUUCCACCAAAGAAGGGUCCUCCUGCACUGUCUACCGACAAAGACUUGCUAAGAAGUCUCAGCACUUCAGUAACUUGCCCAGCACCCUCCUUGAGAUUUAGCCGAAAAAAGGGGCGUUUGUAUGUGCCCCAAAAUAACAACCUCAGCAUUAGCUCUGUCAGCCUUAGUGUAGACCUCGGGCGCCCACCACCGGACCCACAUUCUGCUCGAGGACUGUGCCAACUGAUGAGAUCAGGAGGUUGUGUCUUCUACGGCUCAAUUGUUUUAAUUGUGGUCCUAACGGUGGCCUUGAUCCUGGCUGGAGUCUAUAUUUUCUACCUACUUCCUUGGCGUUACAGUAAUGCUUUAGGCUCACAGCCUGGUGGCUUCAACGAAACCUACACUCCAAAUGUCACAACCAACAUCCGACCAUAGCAAGUUUAAUACAAUGACCUAUCGAAAGCCUUGAACCUUCACUAGUGAGUACAUUUUCUGUUGAUCAGAGGUAUAUGAUUCUUCUCCAUGGACUUUGAGAACAAAACUUGCGCUCUUCAUGGUUUCACAAUAUGGGAGGAGGUGCAACUUUUUUGAAAAAAGGAAUGCUGGCUAUUUUUUGUGGAGUCUUCUUCACGCCUCAGGUCUGCUGAUGUAUCACCAGAGAUGAUCUCUUUCUUCUUGCACUGUUGACUAAUUUCAAAAUCCUAUAAUUAGUAAAUGAUUAUAUAAAACUUUUCAGGUAUUCCAUUGUGUUGUAAGGACUGAACAGUACUGUAACCAGGCCAGGUAUAAGUCAUAGCGCUCCCUGCUCUGAGACAGGCUCUCUUAAAUUAACCUCCUCCUUGAUGAAGAAUUACUGUUUUAAAUUAUGUCCAACAUGGAUUUAUUUAGGAUCUAAAUCUGAAUACUAAUUACAGGCUUUGGGUCCUCCUUGUGGAGCAUGAAGAACUGUUGCCAUUAUAGAGUUGGCUUUUGGUUAAAACCAUUUGUAGUGAUAUGAAGCUUGUAUGACUUGAUGCUAGGACCAUCAUGAUCUAGAAUUGUCUGGGGACUACCAUUGUUCCAUGCAAGUUGCAGCAAAUACAAACGUAAUAGGAAAGGAGGCCCCGUUCUGGUUUAUAUGAUGGGACACAAGGGCAUGUCUGUGAAGAGGGUGAGCCCAUAUAGAUUUGCACCAGUCAUGGGAAUUGGUAAUUGAACAGACCUGACCAGGGCCUCCUGUCUCCAUGGCACCUAUAGCAGCCAUGAGGGAACCCAGUGGAACAUAGCUCCAAGAUUAAAGGUAACAUCUGUUCCAUCAUAGGAGUAGAAAAAGGGAAUUGAAGCUUUGAUGGAUUCAUCAGAUGACUGAUGGACCCAGGACCUCUGGUUCCGUCAUUGUGUCUGUCAUUUUACUAGAAAAUAGAGCGAUGCACGCUGCUGUAUUUUUCCUGGAAAAUGUUAUGUAAUCUGUGACGAAGGCUACAAAUGGAGCCUCCAUCGCAGAUGUGAACAGAGUCAUUGUCUGAACCCAGCAGGACUGACUGGCUAUGUAAUGUGUAUGGGAGUGUCCCAUCUCUCCCAGAAUAGCAGAUGCCAGAAGAAAGAUGGAUCUGGAACAUUGAAAUCCAACAUGUCUGAUAGCAGCCAUGUGUGAGACAGUGGCUUGUUCGUCCUCUCCCCAUGCACGCACAGCCGAGUUGGCCAUGUGUUAGGGGGGAGUCGGGAGAAAUAGCUGUCAGCCAAACGAACACUCGGCCAACAGCUAUCUAAUGUGUUCAGCCACUUUUAGGGAACUGGAGUUAGGUCAACUUCCAGAGCUGCCUAAACUAGAGCAGGUGGUAGGUUUGGGUGAUCACCUUUUCUGGUCCAGGCCAAGAGAUUUCAGAACUAACCUUUUAUCAAUGGGGAGAGUCCUUAAACUUAAAGGAGACCCUAUCAUCUUACCAGCUCCAUGCAGAACAAGCCCUGUACUGUCGCAGGUUCUAACAGUAGAUCCGGCUGUUGUUAGUUGAAGGAUAGAACUGAGCAUGUGCGACCACCUCAGUAAGGUGGACAGAUAAAUAAGGAAAAUAACAAACAGCAGGUGGAGCUAUACAGCUAGAUUUUACUAAGAGUCUCUUGCUCUGGAGGACCUGUCCUUUCCUGCAUUACACAGACAAGCCAUUACUAUGAAUGGGCACUGUGUAGUACUUAAUGUUCCCUGUGGUGGCGCUGCAGGGAAAUGGAACACUUACUGCCAGGUUUCCCCACCUGAUCGCGUGAGGUCCCAGCUGGGGGACACUAUCUGGUCAGCUUAUUGUCUAAAGUAGAGAAACCCUUUAAGCAGGUAAACAUUUGCAAUUUCAAAUGCAACUCACUACCUCACUGUGUGACACUCCGUCACCCUCUGUCUCUGCUGGACUCUCGCCACAUUAGUGGUACUAGAUUGGGACCCCAGUGGGAAAGUGGCUUUAUAAGUGUCAGGGUCAACAAUCUGGUGGGAUGAAGGCCUAAGUGACUGUGAAAGUGCUGAGUCCGGGGGAGUUGCGUAUUGUGGGGUGCAAACAGAAGACGGGACCGUGCAGAAACCCCACGACAUGUCUGACACAAAGACAUCGCUGGUCCCAGGGAAGACUCAGUCCACCUCUUGAUCAAGUAGCCUGUGCACCCAGAGAAAAUCAAAGGGGUUGUCGAGAAUUAGAAAAACGAGAAUAGUGCCACAGGUGUACCUUGCUUGAGUCUGGUAUUGCAGUUCAGUUUCAUUAAAGUAAAUAGGGCUGAGCUGCAAUACCAGACACCACCUGUGGACACAUGUGGCGCUGUUUUGGUAGUAUUUCUAUUUGGUGGUGCCCUAGGGGCCGCAAUAUACCAGUGCCACAGGAACUGCUGCCCCGCCACCUCCAUUACCUAACUGUAUUGCCAUAGGCGUGUGCCAAGUUUGCCUAUACUGUGAAUAAAGUAAUGGGGUUAGAGUGGGGGGAGGGGGAUGGAUGUGUUCUGCGGUCGCCUCUGUCCGCAGGCCUGAAAUUGCUGCUUUCAGUAAUAAUGUGUCUUGAGCUGUGAUCAAAUAGUGAUGGUGUCAUUGGGGGUCACUCGCCCCGAUCAGGACGCCCAUAUUCACCCUGCAUGUACUGAACCGUAUUGGCUAGAUUUUGGAAUGCGAGCUCCGUGGGUUAGUCCGUAUAACAAAAUGUGGAGUUUUAUAAGAGAAAGGACACCGAUCGGCCAAUCGGAUUCUAGAAGACAUUUUUGCUGGCUGCAGCUUUUCCUGUGUAUUGUUUCUUUAAAUCCGGAUCAUACAGGAAGAAGAUGGCGGUGUCCCUUAUGGCAACCAGUCAGAAGCUGGCUUUCAUUUUGUAACUGCAAUGUUCAAAAUAAAAGAUGGAAUCUGAUUGGUUCAUGUCGGCAGUCACUUUAGACUUUUUGUUUCUUAAAGGAACCUCUAGUGACGGGUUCUGUCAGUCACAUCUCUCAAAGACGUUAUACUCAAUGUCACUUGAAGGAAAUAAAGCCGAUGAUUAUUCAAUGUC